AUGGCUAUCGGAGAUGCUGUUGGUUUGAAGUUGAAAUUGGCUGAGGGACCGAAAUACGUUCUUCGGGAUUUUCCCGAAGGGUAUCGACUCUUUGAUCACAAUAAGGGUCCCCACAAGGCUCCCAGACACGAUCUGUAUCUAUUCGGCCCUGUCAAGAAGCGUUUUCGUUCUGUAAAUGAGUUUAUACCCCAUGCCAUUUGGCUCAUGGGAGAUGGAUCAGAUGACUGCGAAUGCAAAUAUUGCGGCAAGGUCAAAAAACCCCAGCGUGAAAUCACAGCUUCCAUGAGCAAUAUCCUUCGCACAACACCAUCAAUGUCACCAUCACCGAAGUCCCACAGAAUCUACACUCAUCGUGACAAAGGAAAGGGUAAAGAAAAGGAGUCUACCACUCGGAGGAUCCCGCCUCGACCUCGCGAUACUAAAGUAUACGCGGCCGUCCAGCAAACAGUGACACCUAUAAAGCCUUCCUCGGGGAUCCUUCAACAGCCGAUGUUGGUAGAACGCGUCAAUGAUCUUCGCGCUAUGAACGCGACCACAUCUAUGGAACUUCGACGAUGGUUUAGAGACGGAGAGGUGAUAUGGUGUGCUUUACCCCGCCCAAUAUUAGCUCCAGAUGGUUCAAAUAAUGGGUCUAUUGAAUUUUGGCCAGGCGUCAUCGAAGAGAUCAGGGUUAAGUCGACGCCUAUCCCACGAGACGUGUCUGCUUCUAGUGUUAAUCAUAAUGUCGAUUCUGACUCUCGUACUCCCCAGCCAAGUUCUUCGUCCAUGCAAAUCGAUCCUUCGGCAGAGGGAGAUCAAGUGGGUACAAUCCUGCCCAAUACCGAUGAACCCCUACCAUGGACUGUUCGCCAGUAUACUAGAUAUAAAGUCCAACUACUGGGAAUCUCUCAUUCACUCACAAUCGAUGACUCUCAAGCCCUCCCAUACCAAGCAUACAUCCCCCCAGACCAGCUCAUCCACAACUUGACUAUACUCCCUGUUGAAAAGCUAAAUUUUGAAAGAGAAUCUUUAUUGAAGUUCAAUCCAUGUCCCCCCAAUGGCAUGACCCCACCCUUUUUCGAAGCUGUCUCUGCGUAUGCCACUGCUCUUCAAAUUGCAUCCAUCAUAUCUUCGACAUGGUGCCUUACAGAUGAUUUCACUGUCCGAUACAAUCUGCCGCCCACUCCCAAAUCAAGUUCAAAACAUAUGCCGCCACCUCCUCUACCAUCCCAAUCUGCCUCUGCUCCUCCUCUGCAAAGUUCGUCGUCACAAAUUACCCCUUCAAUGACUUUGGCCGCUGCUAUUCAAGAAGCCGGUCGUCGCAAUGCCCAGAGUAGCAGUACACCGCUUUACAAAGGCGUCUCGACUAUCGAUUCGUCAUUGCCUGCAGAACAGUCACAAAAAAUAAUAGAACGUGUCAUGGGUUUGCCUCCACCUCCCUCUCACAUUGUACAAACACGAUUCCAAGGUCUUUGGUGGGGGACCGAAAGGAUAUGGGCAAACGACUUUAUACGGCUCAAAGUUCCGCGACGCACCAUGGGACCUAAAGGUGGCCCUAAUAUAUUACCGGCAUCAGGUCCUGGUAAACGGUCGAUAGAACAAUGGCAAGCGCUGGGUAAAGAUAUCUCUGAGUUGGGAGCUGGUACCCGUGGAGUUUUCUUGCGCCUGGACGGUCUGGUGACGGUAGAUGUGAUCACUGAAAGGGGGGUGAUCAAGAAGGAGGCACGAAUCUGUGGGAUGUUGUACGAACUGGCAGAUAUCGAUUGGGAUGACCCCGAAGAAGUUGCCUCGGCUGAAAAAGCUGGCCCAAAUUCUUCUCAAGAUCAACAAAAUCCACCUGCGGGAAUUUCAGAAUCUGUUUCAGGUAACGGUAGUACAGCACCACCGAGCAACCCACCACCCUUAUCUGCGCCUGCGCAAGGCAAGGAGUUGCCUCAACCCCCCAUGGGCUACAGAUUCCGACCCAUCAUCACGCCAGGCCACGAAUUUGUUGGAUCCAUGGCUCUCAUCAGUGGUCGUUACUACCCACGAAUUUUAUCACAUCCUAAGAUGACAUCAAGGAUCAACACUGUCCUUUCUCGGUCUGUUGAAGAGGGCGGAGUGUCUGGAUUUGACAAUCUCUGGGCACUGGAGGGGCUGUCUGCGGGCUACUACAAUUCUGUGGACCCGCAGCGGUACAAGAAAAGCAGAGUUGCGAUGAUGCAGGAUGCUGAUAAACAGGCAUUAGAGGAGUUGCAGGCGUAUGUACAACUGAAGAAGGCAGAAGCAAAGAAGGACGAGGAUGCUAUGGAGCGUUUCCGUGACAAAGAACAUGAUCACCACUUGGACUGGAGCCAACUAGUCAGAUUAACGUGUCAAGGGCAUCCAGCUCCCCUUUCCAGUAGAGGAACCGUCGGCGUGCUCCCCUAA